AUGCCCAACCGUCCCAUCCGCAUCGUCGGCAUUUCCGGCAGCGCUAGCGACCGUCGCGAUGCGAUGGCUGCCGUCGCUGCCUCGUAUCCCUCGGAUCCCAUCGACGUGAUCAUUGGUGACUGGAUGUCCGAAGGAAAUAUGACCUCCCGCGCCGCGUCCAAGGUCGACGGCACCGGCGACACGUUCGAGACGACGUUCCUCGAAGCAUUCGAGCCGGCGAUUGAGAACAUCGCGAAACAUAAGAUCAAAGUGGCGGUCAACGCCGGGGCGACGGGUACGCUGGCGUUACGUGACGUCGUGGUGAAGAUGGUGGAGGAGCGGAAGCUAGACCUCAAGGUGGCGUGGGUGGAGGGAGACGAGUGUCUGGAGGCGGUGACGCAGGGCCUCCAGGGCGGAAGCAAGUUCGAGAAUAUCUGCACGGGGGAAGAGCUAGGGAACUGGAAGUUCGAGCCGAUUUUCGCGCAGGCGUAUCUCGGUGGGUUGGGAAUCGCGGAGGCGUUCCGAAAGGGCGCGGACAUUGUGAUCUGUGGACGGGUCAGCGACGCGUCGCCUGUUAUCGGAGCCGCAUACUGGUGGCACAAUUGGAAGCGUGACAAUUUGGAUCAACUGGCCAAUGUCCUUGUCGGUGGCCAUCUGAUCGAAUGCUCGUCCUAUGUCUGUGGCGGUAACUUCAGCGGCUUCAAAGUGCUCGAAGGGUCUACCGGCUGGGACGACAUUGGCUACCCAAUCGCCGAGAUCUCGUCUUCCGGCGAAGUCAUCAUCACGAAGACCGCGGGCUCCAAAGGCGCCGUCACUGUUGACACAUGCAGUUCUCAGCUCCUCUACGAAAUCCAAGGUCCGUGGUAUUACAACUCCGACGUCACCGCCAUCCUUUCGAACCUUUACUUCGAGCACGUCGGCGCGAAUCGCGUCGCACUCCGCGGCGUAGAGUCUGCCCCUCCGCCACCCACCACUAAAGUCGGCAUCACCGCUCGAGGCGGUUUCCAAGCCGAAGUCCAUUGGUCCCUCGUGGGUCUCGACAUCCCCGAAAAGUCACGGAUGCUCGAAUCCCAAAUCCGCCGCCUUCUCGCCCCGUACUCCUCCAAGUUCUCUCUCCUGAAGUUCACCACCAACGGCGUCGCCGACCCCGAUGCCUCCAACCAAUCCGCCGCGACCGUCGACUUCCGUGUCGUCGCCCAAGCCCCCAACGCUGACGACCUCUCCCCUCAGAAGUUCGUCCGACCGUGCCUCGACUGUAUGAUGUCCGCCCCGCCCGGCGCCACCACGCACUUCGACCUACGCACCGGCUUCCCCCGGCCCAUCUACGAAUACUACGUGACGCUGCUCCCGCAGUCGGCGGUGCGCCACCAGGUGCAUUUCCACACGGGAGAGAGCGCGGAGAUCCCGCCGCCGCCAGUGACACGCACGUGGGAUCGCCAGCAGCCGAGCGAGCCGGCGACGGCGAUACCGGUGGAUUUGCGAAGCUUUGGGGAGACGACGCGGGGGCCGCUAGGGUGGGUGGUGCAUGGGCGGAGCGGGGAUAAGGGGAGCAAUGCUAAUGUUGGGUUCUGGGUGCGGCAUGCGGAUGAGUAUUCGUGGUUGCGGACGCUAUUGAACGUGGAGAAGAUCCAAGAGCUAUUAGGGGACGAGUACAAGCAGAGGAACAAAAUCGACCGAUUUGAGCUCCCGAACGGACGUGCGGUUCACUUCUUGCUGCAUGAUCAUCUGGACCGCGGGUUCAGCUGCUCUAGCACGUACGAUGUGCUCGGGAAGAACGUUGCUGAGUACCUUCGCAAUCGACAUAUCGAUAUUCCCGUGAAGUUCUUGGCGCGGAAAAAGCUGUGA